UCCGAGUCCUCAGUGCGCCGGAAAGUUCUGGAGACGAGCGGGGUCAGACUGGAUCUAACGCAGAACGACACACGGAUAUUAUUUCAUUUUAAACUCCGGCGGACGGACAGAGAGGACUCGGGUUGACUCGGCUUUGUUCGCUUCAGCUCCGGAGAUAUAUUUAAAAAAAAAUAGUUUCAUUUUAAGUUUUUAUUUAAAAACAAAACAGUUUCGGUUAUUUUAUUCUUUUUACAAUCAGAGAAAAACUUGAGACUGAAGAAACGGAACUAACAGCUGACUGACGACACGUUGCGCAACCGAGACAAUAAUAAUACAACGAGACAAAGACGUCAUCCCGGACGCCAGUUCUCCCAGUAUCAGAGCUGCUGGUUCCAGUUCAAACUCCAAAGAAAACGUUUUAUUUUUAUGUCUUCAACAACUUCUGGAGCACAGACAGACAGACGGACACACAGACCAUCGGCUCCACGCGGACUCUACUGGGUUUCUACCGAGUCUACCGGUUUCCUGUUGACCUGCAGACCGAACCAGUCCGUCUGUCUGAAGAGAACAAGAUGAGCAUGGGCAUGGCCGCAGCCCGGUCUCAGCUGUGUCUGAAGAGGCUACUGGACGAGCCCCAGGACACUGUGAAAUGCAAAGUAGCUCGUCUGGAUCCGAACCUACCCGCCAUCGGCCUAUCACACUGCCUCAGUCCCAGAAGCCCCGCCCCCAAGUCCAACCAGAGCCAAUCCCCAUCGAGAGUGGGAUCGUACUUCCUGUUUGAACGCUGCGAGGGGGAGAAGAGCUACAGGGCCGAGCACACACUCACAAAGCAGCAGUACACCUGCCAGGUGCUUCCUCUACGUGGUUACCAAGAGCGGUUGGCGGCCUACGCCCGCAUCGCUGACCACGACAACAUCUGCGGCCUGCUGGAUGUGGUGAUUGGUCAGGACAGCGUGUACGUCUUCCUGCCCGGUCACUACGGCGACAUGCACGCGUACGUGAGAAGCAGGAAGCGUCUCGGCGAGGAGGAGGCGGGGCUUCUGUUCGCUCAGAUGCUGAACGCCGUGAUGCACUGUCAUCACCACGGAGUCGUCCUCCGAGACCUGAAGCUCCGCAGGUUCGUCUUCACCGACAAAUACAGGACGCGUCUUGCUCUGCUCGGUCUCGACGACUGCGUCCUCCUGCACGGUAAUCACGACGACGACACUCUGACGGACAGACACGGAUGCCCCGCCUACGUCAGCCCCGAGCUGCUGACCAAUGGGAACGGGUCUUACUCGGGCCGCGCCGCAGACAUCUGGAGCGUGGGCGUGUCUCUGUACACCAUGCUGAUUGGACGAUACCCGUUUCAGGACACGCAGCCCGCCGCGCUGUUCGCCAAGAUCCGCCGCGGGGCCUUCAGCGUGCCCGACUGGCUGUCGCCGCGAGCCAAGUGUCUGAUUGGCUGCAUGCUGAGGAAGUCGCCCGCAGAGAGGCUGACGGCGUCGGAGCUGCUGAUGCACCCGUGGCUGAACGGUCCUCGCCCGACACAUCACAACCCGAACAAGACGCACUACAGCUCGCACAAAACACUACAGAGUAAUAAACAAGAGGACGAUGACCAGGUGGUGCCGACGUGGACCGAAAAACACUAACACACGAUUGUACUUCUAUACUUGUGAGGACCCACAUUGAUACAUUUCAUCCUUUUAGCCCCUCACUAAACUUCACCUAAACCUGAUUCUAACUUCUAAGCAUUAACUUUAACUUUAAUGCUUUUCUUCCAGAAGGCAUUAAACAAUUAGAGAUUAUAUCAACGUGCAAUAUUGUUGACGAAAUAAGACGACUAAAAUUCAGUCAAAAAAAUUAAAACUUUUUUGCUGACAAAAAAAGGGGAAGAAUUUAUUUUUAAAAUACUUUUUUCCCCGCAAGUUAACAAUGAAAACAACUGGGCUUUGGAGAAAGAAAUUAAGAUAUUUUUGCUCGACUAGCUUGAUUGAAAUAUAUAUAAUCUAAUCUAAUAACUAACAAAAGACUAUAAUCUCAACAGUUUUCAUUAACUAAGACUAUAAUAAAAUAGUUAAAAGAUACAACUAAACUAAAUCCCGACUAAAAUAAACAGGAUGAUGUUGACUAAAUGUGAUAAAAAAAUAAUACGGACAUCUGACACAGGACUCUGACCCCAAAAAAAGAAGAAAAAAAAAGCCUGACAAAAUUAACACUCGUCCUCACAACUCAAACUGGUCCUCGCAAAGAUAGACAUACAAGUCUCACACACAGUACAUAGACAGUCCGAUCCUGGAUUACUUGACGCGACCAUCAGGUGCCUUCCUCUCGCUGCGUCUCAAAUCAAGCUCCGACAGAUUCACAACAGAGUCACCGGUUCCACCAGAACCAGAACCAACGGUGUGUUCGGGUGCUGUUCAUCAACUUGUGAAGUGAUUGAUCUCCACUUCCAACACCAGCUCACACGAUCAUUUCUGAUGAACACUCAACACACCAUUGGAGCAUCGGAGCAUAAAAUGGGGACACAGCUACUUUAUUUCAGUGUUCACACUUCCUGGUUGCUCCCCAGUGUUAUAAGAGAAGGAUCAGUCAGUGUUGGAAAGACUUUCUGAGAAACAUAAAUAGCCAGUUUAGCUGCCGCGAUCACUGAAAUAUGUUUCACCUUCUCAUUCAAUAAUUCUGUUUUUGUGGUGCUCAUGAAAACCAUUAUUCAGAAGAAAAAAAAAAAAAUUCAUAAUUACUUCAAAUUGCUCUUUGUUUUCUUGAGACAUGACAUCUAAUUUCCCCUGGAUAUGUUCAUUAUUGCAAUAAUAAUAAUAUUAAGAACAGCUCUGAUCAACCUUCAAUUUGUGAUCUUAAGAAAACUAUUCAUGAUAUUUCAGAGCAACAUUGUUAAUUAAAUCUCAGUAUAAAGGACCUCAUAAAAGCACCGUGUGUUGAAUCAUAAUUAAGUUUUAAUCUUGAGUGAACCACUUUAAUCAUAUUUUUAAUAAACACUCCAGUCUUGUGUUUAUCCGACUGACCGAUGCAACCCAACAGACCUGCAGCCAGCCAAUAGGAUGCCUUCUUAUGAACGCGUCACUCAGACCUCAGUUACAGCAGAAGAAUAAAUAAAGAUGUUUCACAAGCUGUUCUGGUCCCGAACUGUUUUUGUUUUCAAUGUUUUAUUACUGGUGUUAGCGAGGAGAAGCUCGGUUAACAACACACAUAGAGUGUAGACACUCAGGUAGACAUUACUCCUCUACAUCUUUACAUAGAUAAUCGUGGUUUGCUGCUUUAUUAAUCGUCAGAAUGUUAAAUACAGCUCCUUUAACGUACUUUCUCAUUGGAGAAAUAAAAUCUUGAAAUAUAGUCAAAUUUCAGCAGCAUGCGAGACAGUGUGCAGGAGUUCUUCUCACCAUUUUCAAGAUUACACCUUUACACUGAGAUACUAAACUGCUGCUGCAUAUUGAGCAACAGAAGAAAGUAUUAAUAAAGUUAAAUAAAGGUGUGAACCAGAGAGAUACACCAGAGUACAGACAGAGAGACUGGAAGAAGGAAAGAAACACACUGAACAUGAACUCUGACAGCAGCAGUUCGUCUCACCUUUACAUUUUAUUGUUAAAUCUCAGACAGCAGAAUGAAUCCUCUCACUUUUCUCUCUAACAUCCACUUCGGUCUUUGC